UCGGAAUGGCGGAGGUGUUCGAAUGGGCUCCAAGGGCCAACACCACAGUCGUGUAGACAUUUUCCACCAGGGCUAUGCAGCGCCACUGGAGGCCUUUCCCUGGCCAACCACGUUCCUAGAGCAGCAGGACAGGAGCCUUGUGGCCCUACGGAGGCAGCUGGCAAAGAUGGCAACCCAGUCCCACACAGGUGGUGAGAUGUCAGUUGAGCAACUGCUGGCACUUUAUGGGUACAAGAUGCCUGAUCCUGUCCUGCAGCAACAACGGGAGCCUAAUGAGCUGGCAGCCAGUCUGCCUGAAACGACACUAGAUGAGGUUGAGAUGGACAAAGACCUCUUCUCAGAUGAGGUGGAUAAAAGCAACCAUUCCUCUGCUGAUGACAUCGCACUGUCUGUCACUUCUCACGCAUCUGAACUCUUACAAUGUCACUUACGAGGUGAUGACAAAGACACUUCAGUCAGCUCCUCAGAAGACGACGCCGAGAGCGCCACGAUCCCCUCCAGCGAUGGAAGCAAGGACAUCAUGGUGGGCUCUCAAUAUCAGGCAACAAUUCCUUCUCUCUCCUCACACACUUUUAAUGAAAGAGCCUAUGAGAAUGAGGACCAGUUGUUGUGGACCCCCAGUGUGCUGUCCAUUCCAGCUGUGGAGGAGUUUUUGCUUGAGGUCCAGAGAAGAGGGAGUGAAAAUGGAACUAUAAACACUUUGACUACAGGAGACACAGUCAAAGAUAAUGAACAGGCUCUUUAUGAACUGGUUAAAUGCAACUUCAAUGCAGAAGAGGCACUUCGAAGAUAUCGCUUCAAUGUGAAGGUUUUCAAUGAAGAGCUUUGUGCCUGGAGCCAGGAGGAGUGUCGAAACUUUGAGCAUGGUUACCGUGUCCAUGGGAAGAACUUUCACCUCAUACAGGCCAACAAGGUCCGCACGCGCUCAGUGGGUGAGUGUGUAGAGUACUACUACAUGUGGAAGAAAUCUGAACGGCAUGAGUAUUUCACACAGCAAGCCACCAGGCUGGGGCGUAAAAAGUGCAAUCUGCCAUCUGGAAACUUGGAGGAUGCUGAGCCAGAUGGAGAUAUUGUUGAGGUGAAAGGUGCCACUCAAGGUUUGCUUAGUAGGACGUCCAUUCAACAAACUCCAUCACCUUCUCCAGUUAUUCAGCUGAAUAAUCAUGAGGAGAACCUGAAUUGUGCAGCUCAGUUUCAGGGUCGUCCACGACGGAAACGCACGCCGCGCUUCCUCUUAAAGCCCUGAGCUUGCUGCGCUUUGACAACCUAAAACUGACAGGUACACAGGUUCUAAGCAAGACAUUUGGGAGAUGGAACUACGUGAGGAUUCUUGCUCUAGCCUACAGGGGGAGCAAAUGUUCAGCCAAUUUUCGCCACUCCCACCAGCUCUCCAGACUCCUGUCACAGAUUGUCCAGACCUGGCCUCCCUGUCCACUCAGCUUUACUUCUCCCCGCUGUCCUGUAACCACACCAUCCCUUCCUCUCAGCCAGACUCAGGGCUCCCGGAAACAGGUCUUUAUCAGCUGCAGCUGGGCUCUUUUCCUGGAGACAUUGUACCUACCAAUUAUGUUCCCUCGAGAAGAAUUCAGCUUGACUUUUCAUUACCUUCCUCACCUGUCUGGUCCCCUGUUUCCCCAUCCAUUGCCAUCCCAGAUUUUGGGGUUAUCAGUAGCCUCUUUUGCCCUCCCUCCACCAUCUGCUCCACGCCCAUCCAACACUCUCAGUCCCUCAUACAGUGACUCAACAAUGGACAACAUUCCAGAUCUAAACAAAUGACUCUACCACAUGCAAUGAGAGUGUUUUUUAGUUUAAUAAAUCAAAUUAAUUCUGUUAAACAGGAUAUUUCAACCACUCAUUAUUUAAUCACCCUGAUUUCAUUCCAAACCUGUAUGACUUACUUUCUUCAUUGGAACACAAAAGAAGAGAGAAUGUUAGCAUUUGUCACUUUUCUCUUUCAUUGGAUCCUCUUUCCAUACUAUAAAAGUGAAUGAUGACUGAGACUAACAUCCUGGCUAACAUCACAUUUUAGGUGAACUAACCCCCAAAAGUUUAUUUUCCUACAAGUAUGAUGGUGGACUUUUAAGUAACUGUCAUUGCUUUCAUGUAUUGUUAAUUUCAUUGACCCUUUGUGGGAUUCUGGCUUUUCUGUUGUAGGAUCUUUUUGUGCAAUACAAUUUCGAGUUCCUCAGGGGCUUUGAUCGUUUCCCUCUCGGUCUGGUCCAUCAGUACAGAAGUACUUAGUGUUGAAGAGGGUUUUUGAAUGGUUUAUGUUUAUAUGCUCCACAAAUGCUUUGCCAACAAAUGUAAUCUGAUUUGCCAGUGUAGGAACACCUAAAGGUAUAGUUCACCUAAAAAUGUACAUUCAGUCAUCAUGGCUGACUUUCAUACGGGUUUGAAACGAGGGUGAAUAAAUGACGAAAAAUUUUCAUUUUUAGGUGAACUAUCUUUUUAAGUCAAAUUCUACUGUGGCUUAUUCACUGUAUUAAGUUUCUCAGGUUUUGCAGCCAACCUUAUUCCCCAGAAUCCUUCACUACAGAGAGACUCGGACCAUCACAUCCACUGUAGUACCUCAUUUGUGACUUGUCAUUUGCUCAAAGUGCCACCAACAAGGACUUUUGUUAUUUAGGAUAGAUAACUGCUUAUGUUAUCAUCCGCAUCUCUUUGCGUACAUCGAGUUUCAGUGUAUAUAUAUAUAUAUAUAGAAUUUUUUGCUGUUGCUUCUAAUUGUUUAGACUGCUUUUGUCAAUUUCACGCAAGUUUCAGAAGAAAUGAAAGGGAGACAAACACUGUUUUGGCUCAUUUGACCUUAUUAUGUUUUUUUUUUUUUUUUUUUAGCAAUUUAUCUAUUACUGCUCCUGUUAUAUUGAUUUAUUGUCCCUGUUAUUAUAUUUUGUAAAUAU